CUACUUUAUGCAUUGUACAGUACAAUGAAAGUGUGUCGCAGAGCUUCGACGGAAACAUAUGAAACUCAAGGACACUGGGUCAUUUUAGAUUUCUAUUAAUGUGUUUACACUACAGUUUGUUAAGCAGUAUAGUAAGAGCCUUACGAUAGACAUGCCAUAGGGAAUUUCAUAAACGCCCUCAGCAAGUAGAACUGAAACAAGGAAGGUGGUUUAGGGUUAGUGCAUCAACACGGGUCAAUAUUCCAGAUUGUUGAUUAGUUGCUGUAGUACGCCAUGAAGACUGCCUUCCUUAGCUACGUUUUGGCCAUAGCCAUUAUGGCUGCCUGUGUGGAGUUUAUUGAGUGCGAUCGUCUGCCCACAAAUGGGAUUCGUGUGUACAUCAGCAGCGUGUCAGACAACCUGGAACUCAAGAAACAACAACAUAGGAUACAGAUGGUUCUCAGCGGGGAGAACAUCGACGCACAGUACAUCGAUAUCUCCUCAAACGCCGCCGCUAAGGAAUUCAUGAGGGAAAAAGCAGGACCGUUUACUGUUCCUCCACAGCUUUUUAACGGCGAGGAAUACCUUGGUGAUUACCAAGCUUUUGAGGAAGCAGUUGAAGACAGACGUCUUAUGGAAUUCCUAAAGUUGAACUGAUUUAUCUCGUGGUUAAAAAUAAAGUUUGAGACACUGUCAAGACGUCAAGGCACGCGAAUUCACAUGUGUAAUAUACUUCAACUACCAUUUUGACAAAAACCUAACAAGAUAUAAAAAAAAAAACAGAAAUGUCUGAAGCUGGACGAGCUGAGAUGAUUGUACUGCAUGGGUACAUACCGGUACAUAAUGAAUAGUAAAAUGAAUAAUAAUAUAAAUAGAGCCUUAGUACAAAUUAUAACUUGCCAUGAUAUGUGUUUACUGUGCUGAUAAUUGUUUAAGGAAAAUGAUAUUCAAUAUGUUGCACUCUUUCAAGAGAAGCAUUUAUUAUUUUGCAACCUAGGCUUAAAUUCUUUAUGCACCUUGCAUUUGAAUACAAAUUUCUGUUGUGAGUUCUGCUUUAUUACAUUCAAGAUUCCCGCGUCAAGUCACAUGGUACCAGGUGUCAUGCGACACCUGGCGUGACGCGUAAACAAUACAAAGACUAAAACACUACAUUCCUCCCCAUCUUAUUUUCAAAACAUGCUUAUAUACAAACCACUGAUGAAUAAGAUAAGUGUGAAGUAAUUACAAUUGUUGAAAUAAUUUUAACAUACAUACGGAUUACACUUUAUUAACAGCAUCUUAGUCAACCCUUGCUUUAAAUGACAAUGUUAUGUAUUAUAUGCCUUACAUCAGCACAGUUAGUGAUAAUGAGAUCUAUUUUUGUGCAUAGUAAAUAAUAAUUGUGCAUAUACAUUGCAUAUCAACGGCACAAAUAAAUAC